AAAUAAAAUAAAUACUUAAUACUUAAACAAUUGACCUUGCAAAUGAGAAUAAAAAGAUUAAAUAGUGAGUGCUUUUCAUAUCUUAUCUGAUAAAUUCAAAUUUUUAUAUCUGUACAUUAUUAAAACUAAAAUGAAAAUACUUUCCACAAAAAAUCAAAAUAAAUUAUUGGGGACCAGUAAUCUGACAAAAUUAUGUAUUGAACUUAAAGAUUUAUACUAUUAAAUUUUAUAUAUUUGGCGGGUCAUUUAUCAUUUAAAGACUAAAAUAAUUUAAAAAGAGUAAAAUUAAAAGAUUUAAGCUAUCUCUGUUGUAAAUUUAUAUAUUUGGCUGGUCAUUUACCAUUUAAAGACUAAAAUAAUUUAAAAAGAGUAAAACUAGAUUUCUAAAAUGUAUUCAUGUUUUUAUAUAAUAUAAAAUAAAAUAAUCAAUCCUUAAACCAUUAACCUUGCACAGCCCACGAGAUGCAUAUAUUCAAGAUGUUAAAAGCCAAAACUGUACGUAAAAAAUAAACUGAAAGCUGAACAAAUAAAUAAAAAUACAUAAGAGGAGUAGAAUAAAAUGAUGCAACAGUAAGUGCCGAUUAGUCUCAUGGAUAUUUCAGCCUGUAGACUCGGGGAUCUCAUAUUUCGAGGAGAAGUUUUAUGUUUACUCCAAACAGAAACCUAACCAAGUCAGCAUUACUAUCCCUUCUUAUCAUUUGCUUUCCUUUCCUUACUUAUUUUCACUGCAUCCUUCUCUUUCUAUUCCCUCAUGGCAUGCAUGAAGCUGGGUUCUAAAUCUGAUGUCUUCUACAGAGAUGGACAAUCCUGGUUAUGCUCGUCUGGUCUUCCAAGUGAUAUCGUCAUUCAAGUAGAAGAAACUUCCUUUCAUCUUCACAAGUUUCCUCUGCUUUCAAGAAGCAGGGCGCUGGAAAAUUUGAUCGGAGAUUCAUCGGAUGAUGAGAGAAAGGGAGUAGAUAACAAUAGGUGUGUUUUGCAACUCCAUGAUUUACCCGGGAGAGCUAAAACAUUUCUCCUGGUGGCCAAGUUCUGUUAUGGUGUUAAAAUGGAUCUUACCGCGAAGAAUGUAGUGAGUCUUAGGUGUGCAGCUGAGUAUCUUGAGAUGUAUGAAGAGAAUGGGGAAGGCAACCUUGUUACACAAACAGAAACCUUCCUUAAUGCGGUGUUUGCCAACUGGAUCGAUACGAUUAAGGCUCUUGAAACAUGUGAAGAAGUUCUUCCCCACGCAGAAGAGCUGCGGGUUGUGUCAAGAUGUAUUGAUUCACUGGCCUUGAGAGCUUGUUCAGAUCAGCCUUUGUUCAUUUGGCCUGUGUCAGGACGCAAUGCUGCUCAGAGCCCAGCAAGCACUCUCGUGUGGAAUGGAAUACGCACAGCACCAAAGGCGCAGCAUAUGAGUGAAGAUUGGUGGUAUGAGGAUGUGUCUUUCCUUCGGUUACCUCUGUACAAGAGGCUGAUCUUGGCUGUUGGUUCAAGAGGUAUGAAACCGGAGAGAAUUGCAGGGUCCCUUAUCUUCUAUGCUAAGAAGUAUCUCCCUCUGAUGGGAAGGCAAUCAAACUCUCAGAACGGAAAUCGUGCUGGUCCACAGAUAAAUCUAUCUGCAUCAACUGAGGCAGAUCAGAGAAUUCUCCUGGAAGAGAUAGUAGAGCUUCUGCCUGAUCAGAAAGGAGUGAUAUCAACAAAACUGCUACUAAAGCUUCUUCGAACAUCCUUGAUCUUACAUGCUAGUCAAUCUUGUCGAGAAAAUUUGGAAAAGAGGGUUGGCACUCAACUGGAUCAGGCAGUCCUUGUAGACCUACUUAUACCAAGUAUGGGUUACUCAGUGGAGACUCUCUAUGACAUAGACUGUGUUCAGCGGAUACUCGAUCACUUCAUGACAGUAGAAAAGGAUGCUGCUGAUACUCCCUCUAACGGUGUGGUGGAUGAGGAGCAGUUUCUUGGAAUUUCACAGUCACUUAGCCCUCUGACAUUGGUGGCUAACUUAGUCGACAGCUACCUGGCUGAGGUUGCGCCUGAUGUCAACUUGAAGUUGCCCAAAUUUCAGUCGCUUGCUGCUGUACUACCUCCGUACUCGAGGCAAUUAGAUGAUGGAAUUUAUCGUGCAAUUGACAUAUACCUUAAGGCGCAUCCCUGGCUUACAGACUCUGAAAGGGAACAACUUUGCAGGCUGAUGAAUUGCGAGAAGCUGUCUCUGGAAGCAAGCACUCACGCAGCACAAAACGAGAGGCUACCCCUUCGAGUCAUUGUCCAAGUUCUGUUCUUCGAACAGCUCCGUCUCCGUACAUCUGUAUCCAACUGGUUCUUUGUAUCAGACAAUGAUUCGCAAGUUCCAAGCGGGAAUCUAGCACUUCCAAGAACUGAAAACACUGUCCAACCAGCAUCCGGGGAAAAUCAGAUUGUCCGUUUUGAUGAUAUGAAAGAACGGGUUUUCGAGCUAGAAAAAGAGUGUAUGGGCAUGAAAGAAGAAAUCGACAGGAUUAUGAAGACAAAGGGGAGUUGGAACAGCUUCUUCAAAUUGUUUGGACUCAAACUAAAGAUGAAAUCCAGUGAGCCCAAAGCAGCUAAGAAGAAGUGCAGUGCUGAAGUUGUGCCCCCAGCAGCCACCACACCACUUCUGAAUGGAAAACCAGAUGAAGCCAAGGGUGAGUUGGUACAUUGAUACAAGUAAUCUUCCAAAUAAUAAUAGCAUUAGUAGUAGUAGUAGUAAUUGAAGUAGUAAUAAGAAGAGAAACUACCCUUUCUCUCACUCAAUCUCUUAGGCUUAAUUAGCUAGUGCUAUGGAUUUCAUUAUGCUGUAGUAAGUAAUCAGAUUGUCUCAUUUAUGGUAUUCUUGGACAUUUACAUAGUUCUUUUCUUGUGAUAUGAAAGUUCUGCUGUGAAAGUUAUCUCAUCAA